AUGAAGACUGCUCUUGCUAUCGUAUCGGUUCUGCUUUGUAUGACAACCAUUGUGUCUGCUAUCGUAACAGACUAUGUGAUCCAAACUGAUCCACGAAUUUGUAAAAACAGCGUGCUAGCUUUUAAAGUCCAUGGAACAUCAGUAAUUGCUUGCCCAGGUGGUUGGAGUGGACAUAUUAGUAACUCUAGAUUGUGUGGAAGAGGUUAUCACUUGUGCAAUAAAAAUGAUAAAGGGCCCAAACUUUCCAAAAUUAGCUACUCACAUGGCAUCAAAAUUCCCGGCUGUUAUGCCUUUAAUGCAGCUCAUGACUUUGGACAGUGUAUUGACUGCGAGAAUAAGCGACAUCAUGAUGACUUAGGUGGCGUUGGUGUUACAUGUCCCAGAAAAACUACCAGUCAAAGUACAUCUUGUUUAACCGGUGGAACGAUUGAUGCAGCACCGAAUGUGAAUUCCUCCAAUAAUAAUAAAGGUUGCCGUUACCAUCCAGGAAUAUCAGGCGUUCUAUGCUGUAAGAAUUAA